AAAAAAACCUUUUGAUUUCUCUCUAAAAUGUAAUAGCCACAAGAAACUGAGAAAAGCGCCAUUUCUGCCUGCUUCUACUUCGGUCAUUUUGAUAAAAAAAAGUUUCUUCCUUUUUUCGGGUUUUUUCCACUCUUUACGUCCCACCUCUUACCUCUUUCUCAGCUUCAAUCCCUCGAAUCGCCGAGUAUAUACCGAAACACGAGUCAAUUUUCCGAUCAAUUCGUAAAACCACCACCGGUUUUACUCUUUUUCCGGCGAGUAUAUGGCAAACGACGGAAGUGGCGGUUAUAACGACAACAACGUAGACCCAUUACUCCAAUACAUGAUUAGCCCCAGGAUGAGAAAACCGACCCCGAUUCUAUUCCCUUUACCGGAAGACGGGGAAGUCGCGAUUCCGAUUCCGAUUCCGAUGCCGAUGACACCGUCGGAGUUCAAAGACCGUUUAAUCUUCGGACCCUUCUCACUCUCGCCGCGAGAUUCGUCUCAGUACUUCGAUUCCCUCUCUCAGAAACCCUCACCGUCCUCUCCCUCCGCCUCCGCCUCCGCCUCCGCCGCCGCCGCCGAUACGUUCUCCGAUUCCUCAACCCUAGAACCUCUCCUCCCGCCACAUCACCUCGAGGGAAAUCCGAACCACUCGUACGGCCACGCACUCCACCGAUCAAAAACCGCGCCAGCAAUGGCCGUAAUCAACGAUCUUCAUCACCCGAUUCGCCAGCAGAACAAUCUCGAUUCGUCACGCUCCGUCGUAAGACAAGCUUUCGCUCUCCUCGUUGUCUAUCUCUCCUUAGGUGUGCUCAUCUACUGGCUGAAUCGUGAUCACUACGUAGUGAGUCAAACCCAUCCCGUCGUUGAUGGGUUAUACUUCUGCAUCGUGACAAUGUGCACGAUUGGUUACGGAGACAUCACUCCGAACAGUGUGGUCACUAAGCUCUUCUCCAUCAUGUUCGUGCUCGUUGGGUUUGGUUUCAUCGACAUCUUGCUUAGCGGGAUGGUCUCUUACGUGCUUGACCUUCAAGAGAGCUACAUGUUAGACUCUGCUAGGCGGAGAGAAGAGCCGGAGAAAGGGAGGUCGUAUAUAAUCGAUGUGAAGAAAGGUAGGAUGAGGAUUAGGUUGAAAGUGGCCUUGGCGCUUGGUGUUGUGGUUCUGUGCAUCGCCGUUGGUGUUGGGAUAAUGCAUUUCAUUGAGAAAAUCGACUGGCUGGAUUCGUUUUAUCUCUCGGUCAUGUCGGUUACUACAGUGGGUUAUGGAGACAGGGCGUUUAAGACGUUGCCCGGUAGGCUUUUCGCUGCGAUAUGGCUGCUUGUGUCUACGUUAGCCGUGGCUCGUGCGUUUUUGUUUUUAGCUGAGGCGAGAGUGGAUAAGAGGAACAGAGAAAGGGUGAAGAAAGUGCUUUGUGAGACCAUGUCUGUGUCUCAGUUUUUCGCUGCGGAUAUCGAUAACAAUGGAUGUGUGAGUAAAGCGGAGUUUGUGAUUUACAAACUGAAGGAGAUGGGGAAAAUAACCGAUAAGGACAUAAAUCCAAUCUCCAAACAGUUUGACAAACUCGACCGAUGCAGCAACGGGAAGAUUACUCUUGUAGAUCUUUUAGAUAGUGGCAGUGACGUUUGAUCUUCUGCAAACUUUUUAAUUUAGCUUAGUUUACAGUUGCAAAUCACAACCUGAUCAAACGAUGCUUGAUGAUGCUAAUGAUAAUGCUAGGAGUCCAGUCUCUGGUUUACUUAAACCGGAUUUGGACCGACCUUAAUAAUGUCUUUGGUCUUGUCUUGCAUAAUUGGUUAAGCAGCAAGAUCCACUGAUUCAUAUGGAUUCGAUUCAUAUCACUAAAAGAGUAAAAGUUACCCAAGAUGAUGAUGUGGAGAAAUUCUGGGUUCUUCUUAAACGGUUUGAUCUUGUGCCAAAUGGUUAUGUCAUCGGUUGACUUUGGUAUGAUGGUUAGAUAUGAUGGUUAGAACGAGUUUUUAAAGAAUGUUGUCAAAUUAUCAGCUUCAUCGAUUAAACAAAUUUUUAUUCGGAUGGUAGCCAAAAAUGUAGUUCAUCAUGUAUAGCCAUAGGAGGAUAUCUCAAUAAUGAAAA